AUGUCAACAGCCGAUCAAAAUCUGAUUUCUCAAUAUCAUCAAGUAAUAAUUAUUGGUUCUGGUACAGCUGGUCUCUCGGCUGCAUAUCAAUUGCAUAAAUCUGGUGUUAAAUCAGUUAUUAUUCUUGAAGGUUCAAAACGUAUUGGUGGACGCAUCCUCACCGAAUACUUAGAUGAAAAUUUAUCAAAACCACUCGAAAUGGGUGCAUGUUGGAUGCAUGGCUUACAAGGAAAUCCUGUAUAUGAAUUGGCACAACGUGAAAAUUUUCCAGCUCAUACAGGGACAAUUCUGAAUUUUGAUAUUGGUACAUGUGUUGAUGAAAAUGGUUUAUAUAUCUCAAGUGAAUUACAUCAUGAAGUUGAUCAAUUUUUUGAUAGCUUACUACAAGAUACACGUGAUUUGUUUGAAUUUCAACAAAUAAACAAUACACAAUUAUCAUCGUCAAGUAUUCAUAAAGUCUUCUUGGAAAAAUUUGAAAAUUUUCUAAAUUCAAACGCUGGCGAUAAUGGAACACGUUCCUUAAAACUUAAAUUACUUCAACGAAGAUUUGAUCAAGAAACAGGUGAAUGUGGUUGUCAAUCAAUGGAACAGGUGUCUUAUUCAGAAUUUGGUUCAUAUCAACGGCCAAAAGGUCCCGAUAUGGAAUUUCCAUCGGGUUAUUCAACAUUAAUUCGUUAUUUGUUUUCACAAAUACCACAGGAUUGGAUUUUAUUUGAACAAUUUGUUGAAAAUAUAUUAUGGGAUACAGACAAGCAUGUUAAAAUCACAUGUGCAAAUGGAAAUAUUUAUGAAUGCGAACAACUUAUUUGCACGAUUCCGUUGGCUGUUAUGAAAUGGAGUUAUAAAUCAUUGUUUACUCCAGCAUUACCAGCAUGGAAAAGUGAAGCAAUACAAAAAAUGGAUAUGGGUACGGUCGAUAAGAUCUAUUUAUUUUAUGAUAAAAUAGAUUUUUUCACUGGUGAUUCAUUGGCUAUUGUUUAUGAUCGAAAGCAUGACACGCUAGAUAUUAAGAAAGAAUGGUACAAAAAAAUAUUCUUAUUUCAAAAGGUUUAUGAUAAUGUUUUAUUAUGUUGGAUAACGGGUGAUGAAGCUAUCUUUUGUGAACAAUUGAACGAAAAAUAUAUUGGUGAUGUACUAACAAAUCUUUUUCGGAAAACCUUAAAGAGUGCCCAUAUACCAACACCAACAAAAGUUGUUCGAACUCAAUGGUUUUCAAAUCCAUGCUCAAAAGGUUCAUAUUCGUAUGUUCCUGUCGGCGCAUCAUCUUGUCAACAUAUUCGAGACUUAGCUGAACCAUUAAAAGUGCAAGACAAGUCGCGAGUACAUUUUGCGGGUGAACAUACCCAUACUCGCUUUUAUUCAACUGUAACGGGUGCUUUCAUAACUGGUCAAGCACAAGCAUUAGAAAUAAUACAAGAAUUGAAUACGAAAAACGAUACAGAAAUGUUGGUUAAAGCCAAUACAGAUGAUUUUAAUAAAAUGCAGUGGAAACGUGAAGAACCACCCUGA